AUGAAGGAAACCGGCGAUGACUGGACUCGGUCGUACCCCGGCAGAACCAUGCUCGUGUCUAUUGUCCUGAGCGUGAACUUGGCCCAUUUCCUCGUUGGUCUCGACAACACCAUUGUUUCCAGCGCCAUUCUCAAAAUCACCGACCAGUUUUAUGUUCUCGGCGAUCUUGGCUGGUACCCAAGCGCAUAG